AUAACAUAUGUUUUUUAAUGAUGUCGAAUAUUUGAUAUUCAAACAUUUACUAUGAUUUACGACUAAAUUUUUGUAAAAGUUAAUUUCUUACACAUUCCAACUUUCUUCCAAAAAACAUCUCAUGAAAACAACAACAAAAUUCUGUAAUCAUGUCAACAAGCAAAAAGGAAGACGAUCAGAAACAUAUAAAAAUACCGAACUAUGCCAAAUUUGUCAUAAGUGGUUUAGCAGGGUGUGGAGCAGUGGUUUUCUGCCAGCCAAUAGAUGUCAUAAAAAAUCGUAUGCAGUUGAGCGGUGAAGGCGGGAAAUCGAGAGAUCACAAAACUGCUUUUCAUGCCUUCUUCAACAUUUGCAGAAAAGAAGGUCCCCUGGCGCUUUAUGAUGGUUUUUCAGCUAACAUAGCAAGGCAGAUUUGUUAUACCAUGACUCGUCUAGGUGUAUAUCAAAUGUCCAUUGAAAAGUUUGCAGAGCGUGGAAUUGAAGGGUUCAAAGCUCAAAUCGGUUCCAGUUUAAUAGCCGGUUUUAUAGCUUCAGUAAUAGCUACACCGACUGAUGUUGCAUUAGUACGUAUGACAGCAGACAGGCGCUUGCCCGAUAACGAACAGCGAAAAUAUAAGCAUGUCAUCGAUGCUAUAAUUCGAAUGACCAGAGAAGAGGGCAUAGCAACGCUGUGGACUGGAGUGACUCCAACUGUCGUGAGAGCUAUGUUAGGAAAUGUUACCCAGCUAACAACCUACGUACAGGCCAAACACUACAUACUAAGGAAUGGUUACAUGAAUGAUAAUAUUGGCUGCCAUUUCGUUUCAAGUUUAAUAUCAGGCUUUGUUUAUGCCUUUUCUACAGCACCUAUAGAUAUGGCUAAAACAAGAGUUCAAACAAUGAAGAAAGAGGGUGGUAAAGGAGAAUACUCUAGUAUGUUCGAUGUUUGGCUAAAAACGUUAAAGAAUGAAGGUGCAACAGCUCUCUGGAAAGGAUUCGGACCAUACUAUUUCAGGAUUGCACCUAAUACAGUGCUUCUUUUUGUAUUUGCUGAAAAACUUACCUUUUUGUACAAGAAGUAUAUUUUGGGAGAUGUAGAAUCUAAAGGAGGAUUUUGAAGUGCCGAAUAUGUUACUGUUUGUCUUGAAUAAAAAUGUUUUUUUUUUGU